UGCCGGUUAUGUCUUAAGCAAAGUUCAUCAAAUCUCGACAUGUUUUCGGACAGUAAUGUGGAAGGAAAAUUGCUAGAGGUAUUCAAAUUUUCGCUACCCAACAUAGAGCAGCUAUCGAGACUGGUCUGUUUAGCGUGCUACGAGUGCAUUUUCCGAUUCUACGACUACUCUGAAUCGAUUCGUCGCAAUCAAGACUACUUAGAUUCACUACUAAACAAAGAUUCUCAACAGCAGCAGCAACAGGCGCCAAAACCGCUUCUGAUAAUCCCUGUGACUGAGGUUGCCGGUGAUGGAACUUCGACCGAAGGGGCCGCCAUACGGGUGGACGUUCAACUGCCUAACGCAACCACCACCGUUCCGGAGGAUGAAAUUGACGAGCCGGAUGCUCCGGAACCGGAGAAACCGAAGUUAGCUAGAUUGACAAAGGCAGAUGAUUUCAUAAAAGAGUACAUCGUACUAACGUGUGACAUCUGUGGCGAGGCAAACUCAGCGAAUUUCGAAAGCUUCAAAUCGUUGCAAGAUCACUAUCAACAAACUCACAACGUGACCGGUUACGUUACGUGCUGCGGACGCAAGUUUACACGAAAGGACCGCCUGAAAACGCACAUCACGAACCACAUCAAUCCCAGUGCAUUCAAGUGCGUUGUCUGUAACCAUUGCAGCAAAAGUCGUACCUUGCUAAGGAUACACAUGAAACAGCACUUGGGUAGUAAGGCACGACUAUUUGCUUGCAAUAAGUGCGAUAAAUCGUUUAUACUGCGAUCGCAGUUGGUGAUUCAUGAGGCAAGUCACUUGGAAGAGCAAGAAAAGGAGCAUGUAUGUGAUCAGUGUGGAAAAGCAUUCGCUCUGCGUUUUGUCCUCGCCAGACACAAAAUGGUGCACUCGCGAGCGAAAGAGUUUAUCUGUGUAAUUUGCGCGAAAUCACUAUCUUCAUCGGCAACCCUGAAGGCUCACAUGGAGUCCCACGACAGCACAGCGGUGCAACCAAGACUCCAAUGUUCCUUUUGCUUACAAUGGUACAAAAAUGCGGAAACAUUACGAACGCAUAUCCGCGUGAGGCAUCGUGAUCAACGAAUCCAUCGGUGCGAUCCGUGUGGAAAGAUUUUUCCAACGAAAAGUUCUCUCUCAACUCACGUGAAGCACGUUCACUUGGGCGAAAGGAAGUUUGCCUGUGAGCAGUGCGAUAGAAAGUUUAGGAAAAACGUGCAACUAAAGGAACAUGUUGCUCGGUUACACAGCGGAAAGUCACUUUACAAUUGCGACUUUUGUGAAAAAUCAUUCACCUGCGGUUCGAACUAUUUUGCACAUCGGAAAAAUAAGCAUCCAAAGGAGUAUGCGAAACAGCAACUUGCAAAGAAGCAGCAAAGUGUGUGACAA